AUGACGGAGACCCAGAAACACAACCUCUUCACACCGGAACCUCACUAUAUCCCUGGCUAUGCCGGCUUCUACCCACAGCUCCGAUACCAAGUGGGGAACACCUAUGGGCGCACCACGGCCCAGCUGCUCACGGACCCCAGUGUGCAGAAGAGCCCCUGCUCCGUGCUGUCCCCCAUGUCCAGGCCCAAGUUCAUUGAGGACUUCAGCAAGCCCAAGCCGCCCUUGGUUCCCUGCCGAGACCUGACCCAGCCCUAUAUCCCACACUACACCGGUCUCAAGCCCUACAAGAACCUGGAGAUCGUCGGCCAGUUUCCACCCCAGGAGGCGGAUGCCCAGGGGCUGCUGGGGGCAGAGAACGUGUCGAGGCAGGUGCCACUGCCUGCAGGCUUCAUGCCUUACCCUCCCUACCCACUGUGCCCGCCGGGCAGAAAGGGGGACUCCAGGGACUUGGGACACCCAGGUCUGAGGCUGGCGUUCGGAGAGGAGGGCUGGAGGAGCCCCCAGCCUGUCCAUGAGGCCCCGGAGCGGUACCAGCUGUACCACUGCCGGAGGAAUGAAUACCCGCCCCUGCCCCACCAGUCAGAGACACUGGAUGUGGGCAGGUAUGAGAGGCUGCCUCAGCUGGACCACCCCAACCUGAUCCAACGCAAGGCUAUCUCAGGCUACGCUGGCUUCGUGCCCCGGUUCGCCUGGGUGAUGGGGAUCAAUUACCGCGAUGGGGUCACACAGGCUAUGGAUGAGUUUGACAAGAGCCAGUUCUUGUUCAGGAACCCCAUCUGUGCCCUGGGCGAGAGGCUGCCCAGAACACACUGGCCCAGCAACAGCAUCUACAACAGCCGAGGCCUGAUCCCCUUCUACAUGGGAUUUAUACCAUCCGCUCAAGACAACUACGCGCUGACAUUUGGCAACAGCACUCGGAAGGCCUAUCAGAAGGAAAUGGAGAGGCGGAGGUCCACGCUAUGAAAAUGCUUUAAUGGACGUGUCUGUACAGCAUGUGACGCAAGACAGAAGAACAGCAAGUGAGACAGUGAGACACGGAUAUCCAAACAGGUGGAGUGAAUAAAGAGUUCACCCGCUUCCCCGCUAGCAGAUGGCCCUA